CCGAAAGCCUGUCCGUAGUCUUCACUCACUCACUGCUUUGACAGCACCUGAGGACGCGAUGUCAGAUCAGGAGAGUAACGGGGACCCGAAAGAGACAUUUCCAAACGGUGACAGUUGUAUAUUCUGCAGAAUUGCGUCCAACAAGACAGACACCGAAAUUGUACAUUGUAAUGAUGAGAUGGUGUGCUUCCGAGACGUGAAGCCAGGGGCCCCUCAUCACUAUCUCGUCGUCCCGCGAGCGCAUUUGGGGAACUGCACGUCCCUGAGGAGAGAGGACGCCCCGCUGGUGCUGCGGAUGGUGGAGAUGGCAAAGGCAGUCCUGCACAUGAAGGGCAUCAGUGAUCUACAAGACACCAGACUGGGGUUCCACAUGCCUCCGUUCUCCUCGGUUCCUCAUCUCCACCUCCACGUUCUCGCUCCGGCCAGUCAUCUGAGUUCCAGAUCCCUCCGGUUCUACGGACCGCACUCCUUCUGGUUCCUAACAGUGGAGAACCUUCUGAAGCAGCUGGAGUCUCAGAACCAGGUCACAUGACAACAGAACCCCAGCUGAGGAACCAAGCGGAUCCCACACUAGAACCAGACACUCACAACAGUGGAAUCUCUAGACUCACCUGAACAGACUCACUUGAACUAGUGCUGUGCGAUAUGGACAAAAAUUUCCCGAUAUAGGCAAUUCUAUAUCCCGAUAACGAUAUAUAUCCCGAUAUAGUACUUCUACUUAAAAUUAUAUAUUUAUAUCCACACAUGAAUGCAAAUUUUUCUUAAAGGAGUCCUAGAAUUCAAAACCACAUUCACCUUGUUCCUGUUGAAUUUAGGCUGCGAGCAGUGUCCAAAGGACAACACCAAAGACUUUACCGCGUCCCCCGCCUGCUUUCGUAUGCAAAUUGGGAAAUAGAAACAGCCGUGUUGAAAUGCUCCAAUCUGAACAGAGCUCAGAUAACACGUAAUAGGCGCCCAUCCCCCUUUAGAUACACCCCCUCUCAUUUGCAUACCUUCGAUUAAUAAUUCUUGUUAAACUGCUCUUACGAUGCUAAUAUCUAGAUAUGUGGUCUAUGGCAGAGACGUUGUAAUGCUAGCGUUAUUACAGCUAACUUUGGAGAGUUACUAUACUAAGAAAUGUACUGAUAAAACUUACCAAUCUAACACAUUCAUUCUGUUGGGGAAUCUGCUGCACUUCAUCUUCGUCAGAACCUUCUUCUGACUCGGUUUAUACAUGUACGGCUGUAUUCCUUAUUUAAAUCCAUUGUUGAUAGCUUUAUCAAAGACUUUGGCUUUAUUUACCAGCAGUAAACGUAGUUUCACUUUGCUCUAGCUUCAGACCGGUGGAUUGAGCCAAUAAACUUUCAGGACAUAUCGGCCAAUAGACCAAUCAGCGCGCAUCUCAUUUGAAUAUUCAUGAACUUGCUGAGUGGGCGGGAAAAACAAACUGUUUCAUUGCAAGGCUUAUUUAUGACCUUGUAUUAGGCGAUCUAGCAGUGCUCCUGGGGCGUUUUCAGCCCCACAAAUUUACAUAUGACAUUAUUUAGGCUCAAAGAUCAAUUUGUAAUGGUCAAAAAAUGCGUUCUAUGACUCCUUUAAAUUUUCUCCUAUUAUUUUUUUUUUUUUUAAAUGAACAGUUGUGGUUGUGUGUACAGUAGGUGUAAUUGAGUGCCUGUCACUUUAAGAAAUAUGUGAGAGAAAAUAAUGACGUUAAACUCAAUAGUGAGCCUAAAUUAUCUAAAUGCCAUAGCCUAGAUAGGUUAGCAACACACAUUUGAGAGAUGCAAGUGAGCAAAUCAACUUGAUAUUAGCCUUUUAUUGUGUGUUACAAUAGCAUCACUCAAACUAGCAGCCAUGUCUCGCUGUUAAUAUUACUGCUGCGCAUACGAGUGUGUGUGAGGGGAAAAAAGACGCACAGCCACAGGCUUUUAGGUGAGACCUGCCUUGCGCGCACCGCACGUUAGGCUUCUUCAGAAGAACAGAGUCAUUCUUAAAAGUAUUGUAAAGAAGGCUAACAUCAGGUGUUGUGACAUUUUUAAUUUCAGGGUAUUGCAAUAUUUUUGUAGUAUCAGUGCACCGUGCAACACUAGUCUUUAUGCCAACUUCAAAAAAAGUUACUAUUAGCUGCGUUCAUUUGCCUGGCCACCCAUCCCGAGUCAGAAAAUUAAGUUUACGUUGCCCGCUGUGAGUAGCGGCAACGCACCUGCAGUUAAAUUAUCUGAGCAGCAGCCACACACGUUAAAAUUCCGAUAUAAACGGUAGAGGACUGUAUCGUACGAUAGACAUUUUUCUGUCGUACAACGAUAUAUACCGUGGUAUCGCACAGCACUAACCUGAACAGAUUCACCUGAAUAGACUCACCUGAACAGAGACUCACCUGAACAGACUCACCUGAACACAGACUCACCUGAACACACUCACCUGAACACACUCACCUGAACAGAGACCACAGACUCACCUGAACAGACUCACCUGAACAGACUCACCUGAACAGACUCACCUCAACAGACUCACCUGAACAGAGACUCGUACGGACGCCCUGGAGAGAUGCACACUGAGACAGAAACGCCUUGACAACACUACAACCUGCACACGCGCGCACACACACCUACACACACACCUACACACACACACACACACACACACACCUACACACACACCUACACACACACACACACACACACACACACCUACACACACACCUACACACACUCACACUGAGCAUUUUCCCUCACGAUCUGAAAGCCCUUUGCGUCGGGUCAUGAAAGGGAGAUGUAUUGACAAUAUACCAUGUGCCUCUAAAGACUAGUAAUGCACAGUACCUCC